AUGCCAAAAAAAUAUAAAAAGUUAUUUAAUCAGGAUUACAAAAAGAUCUUUAUGUAUUGUGCGAGAACUGCUUCACAUUUUCGUGAUGAUAUGUUUCCGCCUUGUGAUACAUCACUUUGGAAACAUAAAUCUAUUCCUGAUUAUCAUGAACCUGUUGAAUGGAAAAGGUGUAAGGAUAUAAAUCCUGAUCCUCAUUUAUUUAUAUUCAAUAAUAAACGAUUAAAUACAGAUGUUGUUAAAGGAGUUGUCGGUGAUUGUUGGUUUGUAUCAGCCUUAGGUGUUUUGGCUGCCCACCCAAAACUUUUACAUAAAAUAGUUCCUGAAUGGACCGCACAAGAUUGGUGUCAUAGUACUGACCCUGGUAAACAAUUGGGUGUUUAUAAUUUUAGAGAUACUGAACGACAUCCUGGAAUAUUUCGUUUUAGAUUUUAUAGAUAUGGGGAAUGGAUAGAAGUGGUUGUCGACGAUUAUCUUCCAAUGAAGAAUCGCCGUCUUAUAUAUGCACACUCAAAAAAUCCUAAAGAAAUGUGGUGUUCAUUGCUGGAAAAAGCUUAUGCGAAACUUUGCAAAUGUUAUGAAGCUCUAGAAGGUGGUUCGCCUUCUGAUGCACUUGUUGAUCUAACAGGUGCUGUUCCGGAAACAAUUCAACUACAUUCGGAAGAAGGUGAGGAUAGUAUCAUACAAAAAAUGGGUGAAAAAAAAUUUAUUGCUAUGAUACAAGGUGCCAUUAGGGAAAAAGCACUAGUGAGUUGUUCCAUUGAUGUACUUGAAGAUGAAAUUCAACAAGAAAGAUUACCUAAUGGUUUGGUUGUUGGACAUCCGUAUGGAAUUACAAAUAUACAAUUACUUAAAAUCGGUUCUAUGUUCAAUAAAACUGAAGUCAUUCUCAUACGUCUACAUAACCCAUGGGGUGAGGUAGAAUGGAAUGGUCCUUGGUCUGAUAAAUCACCAGAAUGGAACAACAUUUCCGAUUCUAAACGUAAAAAAUUAGGAUUUACUAUUGCGGAUGAUGGUGAUUUUUGGAUGUCUUUUCAAGAUUUUAUAUCAAACUUUUCUACUAUCACAAUUUGUCGUUGUAUCAACACAUCAUUCUUAACAUUUGGACGACGUUGGCAUGGUGCGAUGUUUCGUGGAGAAUGGUCAAUAGAGGACGAUACAGCCGGUGGAUGCAUUAACAACACAGAUACGUUUUAUCAAAACCCACAAUACUCUAUCAAAAUUCGUGAACCUACAAUCCUAAUAGUAUCAUUAAUGCAACGAGUUGAUCAUGAAGAAAUUGGUGCUGAAAAGAUUACAAUAGGAUUUGUUAUUCUUAAAGUUGAAUUAAAUCGAAGAUAUCGAAUUCAUCAACCUACUUAUGAAAUUGCUGGUCGUGUUACCUAUAUUAAUUCUCGUGAAGUUAGUGAAAGAGUUUCUUUGAAACCUGGGCAUUACUUCUUAAUCCCCUCUGCAUAUAAUGUUGAUGAUGAAGGUUUAUAUUUUAUGCGUUUAUUUUCUUCCAAACCUAUAAAUGUCAGAUUACUUAAGAAAGAUUCACCAAAACGUAAAUGGUAUUACCCCUUAAUUUAUUAUGGAAAACCUUAUUUUGUUGGAAUUAUAAGAGUUCAAAUAUUAGGCGGUCAAUUCACGAGGCACAUUGAUAAAGCAUAUGUCAAAAUAACAUUUACAGAUUAUAAAAAGAAAAUAGUUUCACAAAUAACACCAAAGUUUAAUACGAUAAAACCAGAAAUUGGAGCUGAAUUUCUAUUUUAUACGAGAGACCCUUCAACUGCAAAGUUUUCAUUUCAAUUAUAUCAAAGUCAAACAUUUGGCAGUGAUAAAAUGAUGGGUGAAACAAGAAUAAUGACUAAUGAUUAUUCAAAAGACGGUAAAGAUGGAAAAUUUUGGGAAAUUACAAAGACUUUAACACGAGUUAUUCAAGUUCCAAAACAUAUGGGAAUGAUCAGAAGUGAGGAAGUAGAGGCUUCCGGUAACUCUGCUCAUGUAUAUAGUCGUAAUGAACAUCUUUCGACUGGAUCUCACACAUCUCUGAGUAUGCCUGGAGGAUAUAGUCGUGGAAUAGAAUACGGUACUGGUGGAAUUGGGGUAAUGGACACAAGUACAUAUGAUAUGCCUAACAGAAAGGUUCUUGUGGAACGAGGGAGAAGGAGAAAGAAAAAAAAAAUUGGUCAAAGUAUGUUUGUUCCACAAGUAGUUGAUGCUGGAAUUGGUGAUUUGCAAGUAAGGCUGUUAUAUUGUCGUGGGGUUAUAUAA